UCAAAAAGUCAGCAUGAAAAUCCAAAAAUAUGGAUCGCUUAUAUGUGCUUAUCAUUCAACAUUGUUAAAAAUUAUAAAAACUGCUGAGUAGAAAUUAUUUGUUCAGUCUAAAAUUUUUAUUUACGAAUGCAGACGGCCUACGACAAUGCGGAGUCUAAAAUUGUUAAGUAGUUUCAUGCGGAAAGAGAGGAACGCAGUGAACUUGUUUCGGAACUUAAUUAAUCGAAACUACUGCGUGGCGGCGGCAAAUACUUUAUCAUGGGAGCAUGCCAAACCAUUGAAGAGCAUACCAAGAGUAGGUGCUUAUGACUUCAUGAUUGGCAGCUUACCCGGUGGUAAAUUUCGUAAUAAAGAUAUCGAUGACGUAGUGCGUUUGCUACAUGAAGAGAAAGGUGAUAUAUUUAUAUGGAAAGGUAUUCUCGGUCAGAGCGAUAUGAUCUUUACACAGACACCAGCUGAUUUUGAAAAUGUUUUUCGCCAUGAUGGCAUCUGGCCACAAAGAAACUUUUUGGAAACAGCAGUAUAUCAUCGAAAAAAGCAUAGAGAAGAUUUUUUCGGUGGCAAUGGAGGCUUAUUUGCUAAUGAUGGAAAAGAUUGGGGUGAUCUACGUUCAUUAAUUAAUCCAAUUUUAGUGCAUCCAAAAAAUAUAAAAAUAUAUUUGUCAUCUUUGAGUAAAAUUAAUCAGGAAUUUAUUGAUAGAAUUCGAAAAAUACGUAAUUCUGAAACUCUGGAGGUACCAGCUGACUUUUCGAAUGAAAUUAAACGUUGGACGUUGGAAUCAAUUGGCAUGGUUGCUUUGGAUAAGCAACUAGGUUUAAUUAACGGACAUAAUCCUGAAGCUAUUGCAUUUUUUAACAGUAUAGAGAGAUAUUUUAUACUUGUUCUAGAUUUGGAGUUCAAACCGUCUCUCUGGCGUUAUGUACCCAACAAGAAGUUUAAUGAAGCUAUGCAAAUAUUGGAUAAUAUUAUUACUUUUACUACAAAAUAUGUAGAUGAAGCAAUAGAAAGAUUCGAAAAAUCUCCCACCGAUAAACCUGAAAUAGAAAAAAGUGUUUUGGAAAAAUUAUUAAAAAUUGACAAAAAAAUUGCUACCAUUACGGCUAUGGAAAUGUUCAUAGGUGGCGUGGAUACGACAUCAUCCACUCUACAAGGAGUUUUGUUGUGUUUGGCAAAAAAUCCAGAAAAACAAAAGAAAUUACGUGAAGAAAUUCUAUCGAUCCUACCUGAAAAAAAUUCAGAGCUGACUGUGGAAAAUAUGAAGAAUUUACCUUAUUUGCGUGCUUGUAUUAAAGAAAGUUUACGACUUCACCCUUUGACAUUUGCAAAUUUACGUCAAUCUAGUGUAGACCUAGUACUUAGUGGCUAUCAAGUACCGAAAGGUUCUAAUAUUAAUAUGGUAUCCCUUAACUUGCUGAGAGAUGCAAAUUACUACUCACAGCCCAAUGAAUUCAUACCGGAGCGUUGGUUAAGAAACGAGAAUAAAGACAAUACCUGCCCACAUAAUUCCGCUACUAAGAGCAAUAAUCCAUUUAUUUAUUUACCAUUUGGUUUUGGACCACGCAGUUGCAUUGGUAGACGCGUAGCUGAAAUGGAACUGGAAAUUGCAAUUGCACGCCUGGUACGAAAUUUUGGAAUAGAGUUUAAUUAUUCAACAGAAAAGCCGUUUAAGUGUUUGCAAGUUUAUGUUCCAGCAAUUCCAAUGAAAUUUAAAUUUACCGACUUGGAGUAUUAAAUUUAAUAACUCCAUAUUUUCGUAU